AUGGAGGAUGAAGUCAAUCGCGACAGCACAGAAAAAAUUGCUGAAGGCAGCGUCUUUAUCAGAGGCAUCAGGCCUCUUCAAAUUCAACGGCGAAACGCUCGAGUAGUAGUGGGCUUUGUCCUCGUUGCUGUGGUGUUUUUCCUAAUUGGUAUCUUAAUUGGAUACUUAGUGGCGAAGCCACCAAAUAGUGAAAGUUGUUCUAGAAAAGAUGCAGACAAUGAGCCUGAGACAAGUGACUUCCAAAAGUUCCACGAUUUGUUUAAACAAACGAUUAGCACCGAGAAGUUGGAAUCUCUGAUGAGGUAUGAAAAACUGAUGAUAAUUGGUCAUGCAAAUACUUAAUGCGAGUCUUCUCACAAUGUCAAAGGAGUGAGAUGUUAUGAUUUUGAGCGCCCAGAACAUUUAUCGUGAAUUUUGAGGCUCGUCGUUCCCAAUCCGUGUCAAUAUUUUGCAUCGCUAACCAUCAUAGCUACUUCUUGCUACAUUUUUGCCUCGUGUGGAGUUUUUUCAUCUGAACAAACUAGUAUUUUAUGAUUUCCCUCACAACUGCUGGGGAAGACGCGUGCGUUUUUCCUGAACCGAAAACACGUUUUGGAUAACGAGUCAAAAUCUAUAACCCUUAAAUGUCUUAACAUUCAAUUGUAUGAUCUAGCGGUGCCAAAAUAAGUUAUAAAUGUCUUCAAGUCCUGCGUCAGUUAUUUGCGAUGGAAUAUGUGUUUCAUUUGCAUUGAAGCGAUAAACUAAUUUGUUUUUUUUAAGUUGACAGCCAGGCAAUAACGUCACUAAGUUAGAGUUCACUCUGUCAAAUUUUGUUACGUAUGCGAGUCACGUGACUGCCAGAAACCAUCAAAGGCGCGACAGCGAAGAAACGAAGAGGAAGGAGACAAUUUGCUUGGCGUAAAAUCAUUCGAAUUUAAUUUUGAUAUCAGGGCAAACGUCAAGUAGAUAUGAAGGCAGCAAAAUGAAGACUUAAAGAUUUUUAAGAUGUUUUCCUUGAGGGAACUAGGCAGUCGUGCUACAUGCCAUUCCACUGAUUUCAAUGAUACUUUGCCUAAAACUCUCCUAAACUUCUACCUUAAAACUCAAAAUGACAAACUGGGUUCUGUUUAAGUCAUUUCCGGGGGGGAUAUAGACCACCCACUGGUUUUAUUGGGUUUUCUUCACUAAUUCAGCUUCAAAAUAGACAAAACGUAUGAAGCUCUCUUCGUGAUUGUAUUUAACCUUUCGCUACGAAAGUUCACACACAUAUCGGUACAUCACUGAUGAACGCAAGAAACAAGUAUCAGUCAGUUUGAUUGACAGCCUGUCGAUCAGAUCGGGCAAGUAAGUGAAUGCGUUUUAAGACAUUCAAAUAUUUGAUAAUUUGAGGUCAAAUAUCUCACCUUGCCAAAAGCUACAACACUAAUUUUGGUGUCCAUUUGUCAUCUAUCAUUUAGUCUCUGAGAAAAUUUUUAAACGUUUUGGGUUUUUUUGGCCUCAGAGACCGGUUGAAAAUUGCAUCUGUGACAAGCUCCUUACAACUCCACCUGUCAUACAAUUAUGGUUGCAAGCGGUGAUUAGCUUCUGUAGGAAUUCCCGAGUCUAAAAAUGCAAACCGUUCGUUUUUAGCUCAUUCAUGCUGAAAGCAAUGAAUGAGGUAUCGUGUUGGAGCAGAUGUUGACGGAAGUUGUCGACCGUUGACGGAGGUUGUAUUUCGUGGACAGAGGUUGCAUUGUGGACCGUGAACUGAAGUAGCCUCGCGUGCUACCCCUCCUCACUUAGUGAAAGUCAAAAUUAAUUUCGAUGAAGUUCAGAAACUCGCGUGGAAAGAAAUAAAAUGUUUAUAUGGUUAAAAAAAAUAAUAACCUCAAAUCACAUUUCCGAACUUCUGAAAAUGCAACUUGAAUCGAGAAGCCGAAAUGUUCACACCUAAUGGACCCGUAGCAGGUUUAUUUCAACACACGCUGUGACCACGCGAAAGAGCAUCAAAGAUCGCCAUAUUGGUAAGCCGCGCAUUUGCGUUCGUCUUCAGUUAGUAUAAAUUAAUCAUUGCCCUAUCAUUGUACUUUUCCUCGUGAGCUCUUCGACAUACAGUCCACAUAUCAAUCAUAGCGGCCAAGAUAGUCUCACUAGAAUUUUUUUGCGAGCUCCAGUAUUUCGGUCCGGACUUGAGGCUCGUUCGAACAAAAACAGCAAUACCAGUCGGGUCAGAACAAAAUGCAGACUGCAGACUGCAGCCGGGUACAAAAUGCAGACUGCAGACUGGGUAAAAAAUGCAGACUGAGAAUGUAUACUGUUUUUUCGUGUGAUACGUGAUAACAUGUCAUCUUACAACUUACCGAGAGUCACGCAAUCGCUCCUCCGCGAUCAUCUUUCGCGAUUAUUUGCACUAUCGUGGAAUAUUCCUUGCCCGUUUCUUGAUCACAAUCGUCCUUAAUAUGACUUCAAGCCUUCAUAUAUUCUUCUUACUUUGCGCGCGAGUUGGUUGGUGAGAUGCCGGCACAGAAUCUACUUAAUAAAAGUAGAUGUAAAGGAGAUGUCACUAUUAAAUUUUUAUCACGUGCAAUAUUCGAGAAACAAUUAACAGCUUUGCACGUGGUCCGAACGUUUCAUCGUUUUAACCGAUAUGUGUUCAUUUUGUUGACAAAAAUGCGGACCGAGACCAAAACCGUUCCUUCGACUUGAUAUACUUUCAACUUUCAGGGGUGUACACACACCGAUUAUUUUUCCAUAUGUGCCUUAUAUUGUUAUUGGCUUAGUACAUGAGGAACCAGCGAAUUUUUAUAUGGAAAAAGAAGACUGGAAAAGCGAAGAGUUACUUUCGUGACUGGCCAUUUGUUUGUUUUUCUAGUAUAUUAAUCUCUCAUGUGUUUGGUGACUACGCAAACACACACACACCAACAAAAAGAACACUGUUUGCCUCUGAUGAUCUCUGCCUAAUGACCUCUGCCCAUCCUACCUCCAGACCACACAGCCUUUUUUCCAAUUCUCAUCACGACUAACGCACAAGUUUUCUUUAUCACACAAAUGCCCAAAAAUAAGAGAGAAUUUAUUCUAAAAGUCUUGAAAGUUCACAUAAACUGAAUUCAACAGUACAUAUAUUCAACAAGUCCAAGAAACAAACUUAAGCCAUAACAUGAAUGAGCUGGCUCCAAGAGCCCUUUGGUUAUCUUCUAGUCGCCAAACUUGCAUUGUCUUCCCCAGGCGUUUCUGGAACUGAGGAUGAGAAUCGCAAGCCUCCCCUAUUUGAUGAAAACCCAAUAGAACCAGGAGGUGGUCUAUUCCCCCGGAAAUAACCUUAAAAGGAAUUAGUUUGUAUUUUUGAGUUUAGAGUAAACCCUCUAAACUGGCAAAGUUUCAUUGAAAUUUGAGAGGUGGCAUGCAGCUCGUCUGCCUGGUGCUCCCAUAGACACACUCCUUUUUCCCUAUUCAGCCCCUUUUGUCCUUUGCGAGAAUUUUAAAAUUGUUAUGGCGUUUUUUUUUUUCAAGUUUCACUUAUUCUGAAACGUUGUCAAGGAAAAUUUUCACGAGAAAAGAUAAUGCAGUCGCACAAACCAAGCAGAUACACAUGCACGUAUAUUACAGCAAGGGAGAUUAAAAGUGCGGGAAAAAGUAGUUCUAACUAUAUCAAUAAUAAUAGUGAUAUAUAUGAUAAUCGUAAUAAAACCAGUCAUAAGACAGCGUCAUUGACAAUGACUGUGAUGAUGAUAAUUUUGAGGUUUGAUCAAAAUUUCCUGACUUAACUGUUCAUUACAGGGACUUUUCAACACAGCCUCACAUCGCUGGAUCUCCGAGACAGCUGAAGCUUGCAAAUACUCUCGCUACAAAUUGGAAAUCCUAUGGUUUCGACAAAGUAGAAAAACCUGAAUAUAAUGUUCUCCUGUCUUUUCCACAACCAAACAAACCGAACAAGGUCACCAUAGUAGAAAACGGUACAACAAUCUAUGAAAUAGCAGGACAAAUUAAGGUAAAUUCAUUUCUUUCAUUUUUCUUUAGAUAUUUCCUAAUUACUUAAUGCACUUUUUUAAUAUGAUAAAAGAAGAAUUUCAAUUUUCUAACUCUAAGCAGUGCGCCUCUGUUUUUCGUGAAUUGAAUAAUCAUUGCUACUGUUCUGGCUUUCAAUAUCCGGCAGUUACUGUGGCUCGGUUCCAUUGUGUUCUACAACGAAAUAUCUUGUUUUCUGUGCACUUCAUUAACCCUCUACAUCCUAACAUCAGCAUGCAGUUUCUCCAUACUGUUCUCUAUACGUUUCCUAAGAUGUUAACAAGGAGACGUUGUUUGAUAAUCAAGAGCUAUUUUAGUUGAUUAUGAUUUCCGUUAUUCCGGUGAUCUCAAUACGUCAUUCAAAAGGGCUAUUGUGAGGACAAAUUAGAUAUUAGUUACUUUAAGGGGUUUAAAGGUUAACUCAUUAAAUUAUCUUUAAUUCAUUCAUUCUGGUAGAAUUAAGUUCUUAAUAGAUGGUAACACGCCUUUUUUCUGGAUAUUUUGGCUGAGCAAUAUUUGUCUGCCAGUAUCUGUGCUGGACUAUUGCGACUUAGUGAAUCUUCAUUUCUUUAUGCUUUGGAGAGGUAAUCAAAAAUUCUUCACUUUAGUAAAAUAUGUUGCCUUAAUACUUUCUAGAUAUCCCCUGAUCCAACCAGCUCUGAGACAUUCGAUCAUUAUCCAUACCUUGCAUAUGCACACAGUGGCACUGUUGAAGGUGAUCUGGUCUACGUGAACUAUGGAAGAGAUACAGACUAUGAAAAGCUUUCUGAAAUGAAUAUCCCUGUGCGUGGUAAAAUUGUCAUUAUGCGAUCCAGAAGUGUAAGUAUUUCAGAAACUCCUUUGACCUAACUUUGCCCUUACUCGCUUCAGUAUGCUUGUACAUAAAAAUUGCAUAAUGUUUCGCAACAAUUGGUCUUUUUAUACUUUUGGGAAAUAUCCUCGAUAAGGCUAACUUGACGAUUCUCUUUUUGAUCAUACCAAACAAGGAAUUUAUAUCCGUAGUUCGCAACUUUCGGGGCUAUUUUUUCGCAGGAAACUACUUUCAAGGUUUGAUGCGAACUGAGAAUUUUAAUCCAAGAAAGUAAUCAGUUAGUAAAGGAUUUGUUUUCCUGACCUGCUGGCAAGUGAAGCUUUUAGUUACUGCGGUGAAGUUGGUUCAUAAACCACCAAAGAUAGAGAUUUGAAAAGCAGAUUGUUCCAGUGCUAGCUCCUCGCUGGGGCAAAUUCAAAUGAAUAACUCCGGAAAUGUACGUCAGUUUUUUAAAAUUUAACUUAGCUGGUUCUUUCGCUGUUAUCGAAUUCAAUUUUUGAAAAGUUAAAUUUUUAUUCCUUUUUUCCGAAGGAUUGCUGUUUAUCGUUUGUAACUCAACGGUAGUCCGAUAUUAUUAAGGCAAGGAACAUACACGUUUGCAUUCUUCAGGUUUCCAAUGCUGAAAAACACGGGGCAAUAGGAGCGCUGGUAUUCCCAGACCCAAGCUUCUCUGCUCAGCAAGGAUACGCUCAAGAUCAAGUGUACCCUAGUGGAUGGUGGCUACCAUCAAGCGGGGUGCAGGAGGGUACGAUACUUUUUGGCCCCUACAAUGGAGACCCCCAAACUCCGGUCCUUCCGUCUAUCAAAGGUAUACAUCGCAAACCUGUUAACGAGAGCGAACUACCAAAAAUUCCAGCUCAGACGAUAUCAUAUGGAGAUGCCAUGGAGCUGCUACGAAGAUUAGGAGGUAAAGUAGAUUUGUUUUGUCAAGCCACCGGUCAACUUGUCGUUUGCAUUCUUCGGAAGUCAUUGAAACCUUUCCGGAAUCAGUGCACUGCCUAAAGAGAAGUGUCGCGCGCUGGGAUGAGCACACGUUGCUUUAAAAAUUGAUUACAUUACAUGAAUGAGAAUAAGAGACGAUCAUUACUCCAUAACUUAGAGUGGAAGUAUCUUAAGAGUGACGUUAUAUUGAUUUCCACGUGUCGCACCCGUAAUGUUCUCUUUACUAAACGUUAUUCACAAUUUCGUAGGAUCAGAAGCUCCCGAGUCGUGGCAAGGUGGUUUAAACAUCACAUACCGCACUGGCCCAGGAUUUAAUGGCAGCAAUGCAAAACUCAGGUUAGAGGUCAACAACAAACCGGAAAACAAGUCAAUUUACAACGUGAUAGGUACGAUAUUCGGAAAGGAGGAGCCUGAUCGAUACGUCAUCGUCGGUAACCAUCGGGAUUCGUGGUCCUUUGGCGCCGUCGAUGCCUUAAGCGGAACCACGGUAACGAAUGAAGUAGCUCGUGUAUUAGGAACACUUUUAAAAAAAGGAUGGAGACCGCGACGAACCAUCAAGAUCUGUAGUUGGGGCGGGGAGGAGUUUAACUUGAUUGGAUCACAGGAGUGGGUGGAGGAAAAUGCUAACAUUCUUACUGAGCGUGCUGUAGCAUAUAUCAAUUUAGAUAUUGCCGUUUGCGGGGAUUACGUUUUACGAGCAAGGGCGACACCUUUGUUUAAGCAGAUAAUUCACAAAUGGGCUAAGGAGGUCAAGGAUCCCAGUAAUACCAAAGGCACAGACACGAUAUACGACAUCUGGCUGAAAAGGACUCCUUCAGAUACUAAUAGCAACCAGCCCAUGAUUUUCAACCUUUUUUCCGCAAGUGACUACGUACCCUUUUACCAGUACAUAGGUGUACCAUGUGGAGAUUUUGGCUAUUGGUUCGGGUACCCUAACAAGACAUCUCUAUAUCCUGUGUAUCACACACAACAAGACACAUUUUACUGGAUGAAAAAGUUCGUUGAUCAAAAAUUUGAAAUUCAUGGAGCCAUGACACAGUUUGGAGGAGGAAUGACACUAGAUUUCGCAGACCAACCUUUGCUGCCAUUCGACGUUCAAAAUUACGCGCUCGCAUUAAACUUUUCAUUCCAUGUUGUCGCUUCGUCCCUUGACCUCUCAGCCAACGGCAUUACUCUUACUGCACUUCGAGACGCUGUAUCCGGGUUCAUGGACGCCAGUCGGCAAUUCGAGGCUAGAAAAUCUGACCUUGCGAUGCUUCAAAAGACCUCUGAGUUGCGAGUGAUGAAUGAUCAAAUGGUGAAAGUGGAGAAGGCCUUCAUUUACCCUUACGGCCUGCCUGGUAGAGCUCAAGACCGUCAUGUCGCCUUUAAUUUUGGUUUCCACAACAUCCGCCCAUCAAAAGCGACAUUUCCCGGUAUCACAGAGGCCUUGCAUAUGGCUAAGAAAAAGGGAGACUGGGAUCUAGUUAAGCAACAAGUGUCAAUAGCAAUCUACUGUGUUCAAAGCGCCACAAAGGUUCUGGAACCUUUAGCAGGUCAAUAAAGGCGCUAAACAUCCCGCAAAAAAAAACAUAUUUUCUUUUCAUCUGACUACUUUUGAUCAGCUAUCAUGACUCAUUUUCCUAAAUAUCCUCGUUUGCGCUUGUGUCAAUAAGAACACAAAAGAUACGUUUACACACAAAUUACGUUUUACGAAAUGGUUGACUUCUACUUUAGUUUUCAAGACUCGUUCAGACCUAUUGAACGUCGUAAAUUCAUAUUGAUAUAUUAAGAGGACUGUUCAUUGUAUCAUUGUAAGAGAAUGUCAAAAAAUUAAACCAUUUCAAAGAAGGACAAUAAUCUAACAACAAGG